AUGGCCCCCAAGCGAUCUCUAGGGAAACCCGACCCUUUCGCCGGUAUGCCGCCAGACAUGCAGAAUGUCUUCCAAAAAGUCUUGUCGACCUACAACAAGAAGGACUAUAACGGCGAUCCGAUGAGUCUGAUGCAUCAUCUCUCGACGCAGGACCCGGCAGACGUGGAGGCCUUGCUGUCUGCCGUUGCCGGGUCAAAGACUUCUGACGACCGGCUCUCCACCUUCAAUUACAAGAAGGUUCCCGUGCGCAAGGACUCCUUCUGGGUCAUGCAGCUCUCGCCCAUGGGCUUUCAAGGCAAGGAUCCGCAGGAUUAUCGGGAAGAGUACUUCCCGGGAAGCACGCCUGUGUUCAGCAUCUUCAUCUACGACGAUCGAGACCAGUUCCUCGUACAAGAAAUGGUCCCGCCGGGGAUGCCCUCGUCCGACUUCGUGCUGAAAGCUCUCAAACAUGCCAUCACAUCUCCGCUGCCACCUAACCGACCUUGCGCACCCAGUUUGCUAGUGAUCGCUUAUAAACUCAGUCCGCACGUUGAUGCGCUUCGUCCCUUCCUGGACUCUCUUCCGGCCCCGUUCAGCUGGCGCCUAGAGACGCCUGAGGAAGCAGAAGGGGUCGGUUCGGGCGUCCACAAGCUCAACGUGAAGGGCAUUGCAAAGGCGACCAAGCGCGCCGAGGAGGAGAAACGACUCGGAAACGAGGCCAUCGGGCGCAAGGACCGUACCGCCGCUGUCAAGCACUACACCGAAGCCUAUGAGUUCCUCGCGGACGCGAUAGCACAGAAUCCGAGUGACGAGGAGAAGCGAGACAUCAAGCGGGCGAUGGCCAUCUGCCUCGCGAACCGAGCGGCAGCGUGGUUGAUGGAGGGCGAUGGUCAGGACGCGAAGAAGGCUUUGGCGGACGCGGAGAGGGCGACGACGUUUGACGAGAACUACGGAAAGGCGUAUUAUCGUCAGGCGAAAGCUCAGCAGCUGCUGGGCGCGCGCGAGUCGUCGAUCGACGUUCUCACAACGGCCCUCAAGAGACCGAGCCUCGCAUCCGACAAGGGCUUGAACGACGCGCUUCCCGAGGAGUUGCGCGGGCUAUGCCGUCGACUCUUCGUUGACAAAUAUGGCGACCUGCGUGCUCGCGACAUCACAGAGUUUGUGCAAAGGGCAGACGCACACGUCAAGAAGACGUUGGGCCCGGAGUUCUCCGCCACAACAGUGUAG